GUCAGAUUUUGGCAGUUGUGUUAUCUGCCAAAUUCCAAACUAAAUUGUGUGGGACAUUUUCAUUUUCGUGUUAUUCUGAUAAACUUAAUUUUUUCUUUAAUUUGUUCAGUAUUAUCCGUGCUUGUACGUUAUACAUUCAAAAAAAUUAAAUGUGAUUAAUGAAUAAGUGCCAAAUUAAUGUUGUGGUUUAUUCGGUAUUAUGAAUCAGUUUGAUCACAAUAUAAACAAAGAUAAUAUGAUCGAUUCUGAUCUGAUUGACGUGGAAUCCUUAGAUUUUUCAGAUGAACAGACUUGGUUGUAUAGAGCAUCUGGUGACUCAGGAGAAAGGUUUGAUUUAUUUGAAUACAAAUUAAACUUUGAUUGGCCUAUAAAUGAAGAUGAUGAUUAUAUCAAAGCAAAAGAAGACUUACUGGGAGUUUUGGAUAAUGUACUCAAAAAUCAAGCUGCAGCAACGGACAAGCAUAAAUUCGAUUCACGUACGUUCGUGAGACCAAAACGUCGUCCACAAAGACCUAGCAUACAGAGUAUAGUCGAAGUUAACCCAGCUGUGUCGCCCCACCAAUCGCUUAACCAGUCCGCUAACAAGUAUCUCACAUACAACAAGUAUAACAACCCUUUGGGCCCAAUCAGCCCCAUGUUGCGGCUGAAGACGUUCAAUGUUGAUGUUAAUACGGAGAAUAGUAAUGUUAUCAAAGAGUUUGCGGUGAAAAGGCGUAGUAUGGCUCUGGAUGAUGACCCACAGUUGGAAGAUGGCACAUCAGAGGACCGGAUGUCGGAUCAUACACGGUUCAAGCCAAUAAACAUCGACUACUCACAACCGGCGAAUAAUCUACACAAUACGUUUAAUAAGGGUUUGAAUAUUUUUGCGGAUAGAAAUAGUCUCAAUAUGUACCAGAGUGGAGAGUCACUCAUGCGCAUGUCACCACCGAGUCUUGUAUCAUCACUUGUUAUGGAAAAUUCGGGCAAUUUCAACCAUGACUCACUCGAAGGAAAGAAAUCGUUGCCGCAUAGGGAUUCAGGUCCACCCACCUUAGGUCGUGAGAGUAUUAAUCCGAUGAUGACCAGUAUGACUUUGAGUAUUCUUGAAGAUAAAGACAUGAACACCAGUUUUCUUUCGCAAACAACACAUCCAGAUAGUCUUCUAGAUUCUCUUCCGCCUAGCUUAGUUAAUUCUGUCAACUCUUCCUAUAUUGUGUCGAAUUCUUUGAGAAAGGCAGACACUCCAGACACAAAUAUAUUUAGUUCAGCCACUUUCACACGUUUAGAGCAAUCAGAGAAACUUCUAGCCGCUCGACCGAGAUGUCAACUAUUCAAUACAUUCAAACGGGACUCGAUAAAAAAUUCGGAAAGCUACACCAAAGCGAGGGAAGAGGCGUGCCAAAUCGAUACCGCGAAAGUAUUAAACGAAAAUAGUGAUAAUUCAAAAGAGUCGCCGAAAAGAAAUGGCGAGAUGAGCGAAACAAUAACGCUGCACUUCUCAAAUAAAUUCAGAGAUACGGAUGCGGAAAAAGAAAAUCUCAAUACGACGUUCGAGAAGGACGAUGCGUUUUUCAAUGAGGUGGAGGUACAGAGACUUGAAGGGAAGACCAGUUUGAACGUUACGAUGGAAAAGCAAGAACUAAACGAGAUCAUUCAGGCUCGGCAGAAGUUGUCUUUGGCUAGAAAGGCGCUUCCAGAAGCUGAUAAAACUCCAACCGACACAUCUCCCAUUAAAACGAUACAACUACCUAAUCAAACUAUAACAGUGCCACGACAAUCUAUGGAAAACGCAGCAGAGUUAUUAACUAGAAGAAGAGUCAUGAAGCAAGAGGAGUCGUUGAGAGAGCCACCGAAGAGGAAUGCCACCUUCAAGAAAGCGUCUCCUAAAACCAAUCCAAUGGAUUCAACUGUAGUGUACGUAAAAUCAAAUGAAACACACAUCAUUGAUAUUAAUUCAGCUACUAUGAAUCUGAUUGACAGCACCGAGAGGACUCUAAACCCCGAUGAUUGGGGACUGGAAGACCGCGCAAUGGUAGGGUCAAGUGAAAGCGCUGAAACCGAUACGGGAACAUUCAGUUCUAGUAGUCCACCGGAUCAUGCUGACCCUAAUUUGCACGUCGCUUCAACACCUCUAGUACUAAAGAAAGGGGUGAAGAAUGAGCUUUUGAACUUGCAACAUACGAUUUCGCCCAUUUAUGACAUCACAGAUCAGUCAUACACGGUCAUCAAAGUUCCGGAUGGAAAUGGUAUGGAGAGAACCUACGAUCUGAAUACAACGGUGAUAAAUAGCGGGACGGUGGUUAGACGGACAGCGCCUAAACGUGAUAUUUUGACCGGAAAGUCCACGCCAGAGAAGAAAAUAACGAACCCAGUACAACAGAAACCAAAUUGUAUACCUUCUAGUGCUGGAGUUGUAAGAACAAUGCCUCCUCCCACCAAUGUACCAAGAAAAAUGGCUUUGCCGACGUCUAAGUUGCGACAGUACAGCUCACAUAGAGAACUCAACCGGAUACCAGCUGGAAGAACGAUUCCUGGUAUACCGGGACGUACGAUGGUGAGGCGUAAUGUGUACGCGUCAAAUCCUGCUCUUAGUCCCACUGCGCCUGCGCAGACUAUCACACAGUUGCCGCAAAGGAGGCAGUCGGUUGUUAUACCGCCACCGCAGCACGAGGUAAAUGUCGAUAUGCACGUGGAAAAGCUAUCGAAGCCUGCGUUUACAGCGCCACCGGCACUCGUGCGGCAGGGAACGGAAACUUUGCGGAGAGAAAGGCCGCAAAGCCAAUUGGCUCAACCAAAAGAUCUGCGAUUGUCGGCCACGCCCAUCGCGACCAGUGUUCCCGUCUCCAUGCGGAAUCAUUUCGCUCCCCCACCGUGUUCGCGGCCAUCUUCUAUAGCGUGUGCGUCACAACUCCGCGUUUCGAGGCCGACUUCUGUGCCCUCGCGUCAAGUGGCAGUGCCAGCUCAGAUGGAGCCGCAGCGGCCUCAAACGGGACUCGAAUCCCGUGCAUCCGCAUUACCGAGACCUUCACGUCUUCCUGCGCCAAGGCGUAUGCUCAGACCGCCAUCAGUAUAUUCAGUUGCGCCGACGGCCGACGUGGACCAAUAUUGACCUCAUGUGCCAAGAUAGGGUCGUACCCUUUACAAAUUAAUAUACCCAUUGACAUAGAUAAUAGUCUCAGCUGUCAAAAGCGUGUCAAUAUAUCGUUUGAAAUUUCACUUUUGUUUCUACAGAAUUAUCUAUGGAUAAAGAAUUUCGUUUUCUUUGCUAUAAUAAAUACAAAUAAAGUAACAUAUUAUAAAUUCAUGGAAAAAAAUAUUUCUGCCCCAUUCCAUUAUUUAACGGGACCACAAAAAUAUUUAUAAUGUUUAGGCAUAAAAUUAGAAAAAUCAAAUUUGUUAGACAUGACUAUGAGCUGAGUCUUUUAUCUAUGUCAUAACGACUGAACACGAUUGUGUCUUUUCUAAAUAUUUUUUUAAUUUUUAUAUAUAUUUUUAGUAAAGGCGACGUUUCGUCAUAGAUAGGAGGCGAUACGAUUUUUGAAUUUGUGAAAUUUUUAAUUUUAGGAAAUCAUAGAUUAUAGAUCUGUCAAAUUGACGUUGACGUUUUGAGAUUUGUUUUUUAAAACUAAGGUAACUUAAAUGAAUUAAAGGAACUUUUGAUAUUGAAAUUCAAUAAAAUAAAAAGACAUACUUAACAUAUUAUUACAUCAGAUAUUAAUUACCAGCACAUAGUUCCUUAUAUUAUUUUGUCUAAACGAUUAAACAUACAAAAUUUUCUUGAAAAUUUUGCUAUGUACGAAAUCGAAAGGUAUGAAAAUCACUUUUCAGUAAUUGAAAAGCCGAUUGAUAUUUCGACCUUAAAUCUAAUUUGCUCUCUUUAUAAAAUCAACUCCACCUUUAACACGAUUUGGUACAAACUUAACUUUAAGACAUUUUGGUGAUUGCGAAUUAAAAUUAUGUAAAAAACUUAUUUAUUUCAAUUAAGACACUCGCAUUUUUAAUGUGUAGGGACGUGUAAUUAAUUCGCUUUAGAUAUAAAAUUUAUUAUAUACGAGUAUUUACUAACGUUUUGUAAAAUAUGAAACCGAUUAAAACGCACAAAUCCACACCAUUUAAGUUUUGAUGCGAUUUUGUUUACUCCCUGUAUAUUUAUGUAAAAUUGUUGUAUAUUAUGUAAAUUAUUAAUAUACCUUUUUAUCUAAAUCGCCUAUUUUUCACGACAUAUCAAGUUUUCCUUCAUGGCUUAGCAAUAAAUCCAUAUACUCGCUACAGCAAUCCUAGUAACAAUAUACAACCAUUUUAUGAAAACCAUUAUUGAAAUAAAGCUUGUAUAGAGACAUUUAGCCGGCUUGUAAUUAUAUUAAAUUAUACGACUGUCAUUCCACUGUAUUUCCUAAAAACAUUACAAGAUUUGUUAUUCUAUAGACUAGAAAACUUCUCUCAAUAAAUAUUUCAUACAAAACGACUAUUAAAUUUUAGUUCAGAAUAUUUUAAUCCAAUGAAAAUCAAAAAUUGGGAUUCGCUUUAAUCCUUGUGUUGUGCUGUGCGGUUAUUUUGACACGUCGUGCCUUAGGUAGAAUAAGAAAGUUUGUUUUCAUUUUCUAAUAAAAAGUAUUUACAA